AUGUCGGUGUCUCUGUCCAGUAACCCCACAGCGGGAGACAGGAGUUUCCACUUGGACCCGCUGAAAGGCGUCCCCUCUGGAGUCUCCGGUUACUGCCCUCUUCCCGGAGCGCACUAUAUGAACAUCCUCAGGAGCGCACACAGCACCUUCCACCCGCUCAAGUCGCUGGGGCGCUUGGUGUCCGAUACACAAGCAAUCAUGCCGUUCAACUUCAGCGGGUCUCCGUCCUUUUUUCGCCAACACCACCACCAAGCUUCUGGGCUCCACGACCAGGUGUUCGGCGUGUCCAACCUUCCAUACUUCAGUCGUAUCCAGCCGCCUCCUGCGAGUUGCCCCAAGCACGAGGGGCUUCCGCAGGUGCUCCCCGAGCAGUUAACGGGGUUUCUCCCGGAAUUCAGCAGUCCGUUUAGCGACAAGUCGUCUUCGACCUCCUCAUCUCCAGCCAAGGACAGUUGCGUCUACCUGCCGUGCACGGAGACGAUAAAGGAACACGCACGCACUUACAAUUUCACCGAGGAGGAUCUAUUUACUGUUCUGUACGGAUACUCAAAAAAACAGGAAAGAGACGUCGGCCACGCCAUCUCAGGGCUAACAUUUCCGUGUAACUCAGUUUCAGAUCGCCUGCCUCCGAGUUUUGAUACUGAAAGCCUUGAACUCCCUGAAGGUUUAUUGAUCCACCAAAUCACUUGCGGAAACGUUUCCCAUUGUGGAGUUUUUGCUGAUAAGAGUACUAUUCCAAAAGGCACGCGUUUUGGACCGUUUCGGGGGAAACUGGUAAACACGAGUGAAAUCAAAACCUACGACGACAAUACACUGAUGUGGGAGAUUUUUGAGAACGGGCGCCUAAGUCAUUUUGUAGACGGCAAAGGCGCGUCUGGAAACUGGAUGUCUUUGGUGAAGUGCGCCCGUUUUCCGGAGGAGCAGAACCUGAUCGCGGUUCAGUGCGAAGGGCAGAUUUACUAUGAGACGUGCAAAGAGGUCCGGCCUUCCCAGGAGCUGCUGGUCUGGUAUGGCGACUGCUACGUUCAGUUCUUGGGCAUCCCACUCACUCUCAAAGAGUUUUUCCACGACAAUGAACCGAUGCCAUCGGAAGAUUCUGGAGAGGGUUACAAAUGUGAUCGAUGUGGAAAAGUCUUCGCUUACAAGUACUACAGAGACAAGCAUCUGAAAUACACGCGCUGCGUCGACCAGGGCGACAGAAAAUUCCCGUGCCAUCUUUGUAACAGGUCCUUCGAGAAAAGAGACAGACUGCGAAUCCACAUUCUCCACGUACACGAGAAACACAGGCCGCAUAAGUGUUCUGUAUGCGGCAAAAGUUUUUCACAGUCUUCCAGUUUGAAUAAACACAUGCGCGUGCACUCAGGAGAGCGACCUUACAAAUGCGUUUACUGCAACAAGGCUUUCACGGCUUCCAGCAUUCUUCGCACUCACAUCAGACAGCAUUCCGGCGAGCGGCCAUUCAAGUGCAAACACUGCGGCAAGGCAUUCGCCUCUCACGCGGCUCACGACAGCCACGUGAGGCGAACCCACGCGAAAGACAAACCGUUCUGCUGUGACGUCUGCGGCUGUACGUUUCAAGAAGCCGAGGAGUUAAAAGUCCACAUCAAAAGUCAUAAAAAGUCGACGGUUCCUCCUUCCGCUCCUGGGAUUCGCGCGACGGAUGGAAACCCGUCGUUUCCUAUAAGCACAGAAUGUGCUCGAGCACAACGGCAGCUAGGCGAGAGUUUCCCUUUCCCUGGACUCACCGCGCUUAAUUCCGAGUACCGGCCGUGGAAUUAA